CCUGAUGACCACAGCUGCCCAGGCCAUCUCUGGCUUCUUCGUGUGGACAGCCCUGCUCAUCACCUGCCACCAGCCAGGGCUUGGCUGGGCCAAGUGAUGCCAUGAGAGCCAAGAUGAGCCACGUGGGGGUUUCUGGGACUGCGGGUCAGAGCUGCAGUGAUUCUUGGCAGUUGUGUGGACAUUUUACUUUUGCUUUCUCAAAACAUCUAAUUCUCACAUCCUGAGAGGCCACCUGCACGACAUUCCUUCAGCAGAUGGGGAAACUAGGCAAGUAUGUGUGUUGCAUCGACCAUGCAGCCAGGAUGUGCAUCCAUGUCCCCUUAGUGAGGUUUCUGUCUGUGCUUCCCGAUCAGCUAUCAGUGAAAGGACAGGGCAUGGUAGCCUGCAGCCAGAUGGCCUCAAGUAGCCAGUGCUGCUGUGGUGAGACCCCAGAGGCUGGGCUUUUGGGAAGGCCGUGGGGACAGGAGCACAUCUCGUCAAGGACCUCAGGAGCUAGUACAGCUGUGGAUUCCCUGGCCUCUUCCUCACUAAUGCCGUGGUCAUGGGUGUGAUCUCACAGUCUCUUCUACCUGCAAGGCUAGCCUUUGGGCUUCUGCACACACAUCCUACUAGCUUCGUGUGGCUCCUUUGGUUUGCCUCUCAUGAUGGAAGUUUUUAUGAGUCAUAUUUUACAGAGGAGGACUCGGAUGCUCAGAGUGGAUCUUUGCAUCAGGCUAUAGGAGGAGUAAGGGGUGGAGCCAGAUGUCAAGACACAUCUGGUCCCCCUUGCCAGAUGCCUUCUCCUGUGGAGCAGGAGGAGGGCGGCCUUGCACAGGAUGGGAGGAGGGCUGUGGUGAUGGGAGGGUCUCCAGCUGACCCCUCCCUCUGCCCCAGAUCUAUAUGCACCUGCGCUGCUACAGCUGCCCCAACGAGCAGCGCUACAUUGUGCGCAUCCUCUUCAUCGUGCCCAUCUACGCCUUCGACUCCUGGCUCAGCCUGCUCUUCUUCACUAACGACCAGUACUAUGUAUACUUCGGCACAGUCCGCGACUGCUACGAGGCGUUGUGCACACACCACAUACCACUGGGGCUCGUGGAAUGGAAACAAGUUGUGUCCCCCUUGCUUAGAAUUUCUCCUGAGAUCCCAGCAUCAUUGUCUUGGUAUAAAAUUGUGAUCUGUAAUGGACAAACAGCCUUGGUCAUCUAUAAUUUUCUGAGCCUGUGCUAUGAGUACCUCGGGGGAGAGAGCUCCAUCAUGUCAGAGAUCAGAGGGAAGGCCAUCGAGUCCAGCUGUAUGUAUGGCACGUGCUGCCUCUGGGGCAAGACCUACUCCAUUGGAUUCCUUCGCUUCUGCAAACAGGCCACCCUGCAGUUCUGCGUGGUAAAGCCACUCAUGGCCGUUAGCACUGUGGUCCUCCAGGCCUUCGGCAAGUACCGGGAUGGGGACUUCGACGUCACCAGUGGCUACCUGUAUGUGACCAUCGUCUACAACAUCUCUGUCAGCCUGGCCCUUUACGCCCUCUUCCUCUUCCACUUUGCCACACGGGAGCUGCUCAGUCCCUACAGGCCUGUCCUCAAGUUCCUCAUGGUCAAGUCCGUCAUCUUCCUCUCCUUCUGGCAAGGCAUGCUGCUGGCCAUCCUGGAGAAAUGUGGGGCCAUCCCCAAGAUCCACUCGGCCCGCGUGUCUGUGGGCGAGGGCACUGUGGCUGCUGGAUACCAGGACUUCAUCAUCUGUGUGGAGAUGUUCUUUGCAGCCCUGGCCCUGAGGCACGCCUUUACCUACAAGGUCUAUGCUGACAAGAGGCUUGACGCACAAGUGCCAACAUACGGUCCUUACGGCCGCUGCGCCCCCAUGAAGAGCAUCUCCAGCAGCCUCAAAGAGACCAUGAACCCCCAUGACAUCGUUCAGGAUGCCAUCCACAACUUUUCCCCCGCCUACCAGCAGUACACUCAGCAGUCCACACUGGAGCCCGGGCCUACCUGGCGUGGCAGUGCCCACAGCCUGUCUCGCUCCCACAGCCUCGGUGGUGCCCGAGACAACGAGAAAACUCUCCUGCUGAGCUCUGAUGAUGAGUUUUAGGCACAGGCAUAGAUGGGGAAGGAGCUGCACUUUGAGAGGAGCAGGCAGUGUCCUCCUCUGGCCUCACAGCCAGGCCAGGAGGCAGCUGGCACAGCUUUGCCACUGUUUUUUAUUUAUUGGACCAGAAAAAUACCACUUCCAGAGGAACGGGCAGGUGCUGCCUGCCCUUGGCGAUAGCCCAGGCUCACCCAUGGGCCUUCAGGAAUAUGUAUACAGACAGGGCCAACCCUGCACUGCCCAGGCCAGGGGCAGAGGACACUGGUUGCAGCACUCAUGCCCCUGCAGCCUGUCCUAUGCUGGGGUCAUGCUGGGACCAGCCAUACCGAGGCCCAAAUGCCUGUGUGGGUCACCUGCUGCAGCCUUUUAAACCCCCUUCCUACCAGAGCUGAGGCCCUUGGACCCAGCCCACUGCCCACGCCGUGCAGUACCCCAACCUGGGCUCUUCCCUGCCUGCUCCCCCUUCCCGCCUUUGUCCAAUGCUAGAUUUGCCUCACUCCAGGCAAGAGGAAGGAACACAGGCACUCUGUGGGCUUCCCUCCUAACCCAGGCCUGCCUGGCAUGCUGCAUAGAUCAAAGCCAGACACCGGGGUCCCAGCUAGGAAGGGACUCGUGCCUCUGGACCUUUGCCUAGUGAAGCAGGAGGUGCUGUGCUCCUGGGUGCCCUUGCUGUGGCCACUCUGCCCACUUCCAGCCCCUUCCUCCUGGCCUGCUAAGGACAGCCAGCAGCCUGCCCACACUUGUGUCCUGCUCUUGAUAGAGACUGGGGCAAAGCCCUGGCUUCCUGGCUGCUCCAGGGCUCAGGGGACACCUACCCUCCUCCCUACUCAGAGCAGUCAGCAACCUCUGCUGGUCCUGCCUCUCCUGGGGGCUCCUCCCUCCCGUUACAGGGAGAAUGUCUAAGUCUUCAGAUUUCAGACCAGCCCCUAGGGGAGGCCAGGAGGGACGGCCAUGCAGUGGGGGGCCAGAGGUGAGAGGGGUGGUCCCAGACACCUCCCGGGUUCCCUGCCCACAUAGGGCCUGGUGUUCUGCCUUGUCUGGUCCCCUAGCUGAUCUCUUCUGUGCCUUAGUCAUACAUGAAAGCCCCCUCCCUAGCCCCUAGUCUGUCCCAGACACCCUGAGGGUGUCUCGUUAAGUUGCUGGCACUCAGGAUCUUGCAGCACUGGGCCAGGUGCCCUUAUGCCUCAGGAGUGGCUGGGACCACCUGUUCCUUCCUCUUAUUCCCAGAGUCUCCUCCAGGGCUGGAACCCCUAGGCAGGUGGGCUCAUGCCCUAGGAAGAGCCCCCAAGGCAACAAAUGUUCCUAUAGGCAGGGUGUUCUGGCAUGGGGAGCCCAGACAGUACUUAAGUUUGGGCUGUAGUAGCCUGGAGAAGUGGAUAAGGUGGAAGAAGGAUAUGCUCUGCCUGUGACCUUCACUGGAAGCUUUCUUUUGGUUGCUCCUAGAAUGACCAGGCUCUUCCUGGGAUCUCCAAGGAAGGUCCUCAUGGUGCAGUUGCACCCCAGCAACUUUCCCAGCUUCCUGCCUUACAUCCAGGAGGCCUGCACAUGGCAUGUCUCCUUCUGGCCCCAUCUGGGGGGUAGGGCUGGCCAGCUGGUCCCAAGCUACCAGGAGGGCACUGACAGGUUCAGGCUGUUUGGGGAGUAGCCCUGGCUUCCUGCCACAUUUGCGCUCACAAAUCUGUUUCUCUGACUUGUUUUCCUUUCUCCUUCCAGGCCAAAGUGUGUUGCUGAUUCCUGCUUCCCUUGGUCUCCACCUGCCCUGGCGCUUGCCCACUAACAUGGUGGGUAGGGCUGGGGGGAGCUCAGUGGCAGGAACCAGUGGUCCCUGGGGGCAGGGGGGACAGAACCUGUGCCCUCCUGCUCCAUCCCCUCCUCCUUCCUAGGAUGCAUAACCUACCUUCUCUUUCUUUUCCAGAUAGAGUAGCUCUUUGUACAUAAAAAAUACUUGAAAAGUUAAUUGUAUCAUGUAUGAGAAGACGGAGUCCCUAGUUUUAUAUCUUGUCGUAUGACUGCCAUGAGUUCCACCAGAAAGCCGCUCUAUUUUGGUCUCUGUGACAUUUUAAAUGCGUGACAAGUGAGCAAAUAAAG